GGGGCGGCCAUGUCGGGCGCGGCGCUGGGGAAGGCGGCGGUGGCGGCGGCGGCUCGGCCGCGGCGGAAGGUGCUGAGCGCGGAGGAGGCGGAGCUGUUCGAGCUGGCUCAGGCGGCGGGCAGCGGGCUGGACCCGGAGGUGUUCAAGGUGCUGCUGGACCUGCUGCGCAUGAACGUGGCGCCGCUCGCCGUCUUCCAGGUGCUGAAGUCCAUGUGCGCGGGGCAGCGGCUGCCGGCGGGCCCCGAGAGCGCUCCCCCCGCCGCGCCGCCCGCCGACAGCCGAGGGAGAACUAAAAGCAGUUCUGCCGUCAGCGGGACCCAGGUUCUCGUAGAAAGGAGCAGCCGGGAAGGAUCUGCCCAGAGGAUGCCUCGGCAGCCAAGUGCAAGCCGGCUGCAGAAAGCAGGAGCUUCUGGAAAGAACAGCGGAAGCAACAAUAGCUAAGACCUUGGCAACAAUGAAUUUUGAUGCUUGAAGAUGUAUAUAAGUUGUGCCUGUAAAAUUGUUUAUGUUGUAUCUAUUAAACUGGCAAACAUUAUUUGUAA